AUGGUGGAAGUGUUCUACGAGCAGCUAAACUUUGAAAUGCUCACGGAAUCCGAGGCGUACGGCUUUGUCAAUCUGCUUGCCGAUUUUGGUGGACAACUUGGCUUAUGGUGUGGAAUCUCUUUCCUCACAUGCUGCGAAUUCGUCUUUCUCUUCUUGGAGACGACGUACAUGAGCGCUCAGCACAACUGGGCUCUGUACAAGAAGAAAAAAGUUGAAAAAGAAAAACAGAGGAAUUUAUUUUGA